CAGCGAAGCAAUCUCCACUACAGCGCGCGAGCGUCGAAGCACAGCUCUUGGUGGGUUUUCUGCGAGCUUGUUGUGCACAUUGUAUCGGGACCCUUCAUGGGCACUAUCACCCGCCCAAUCCGCAUUUGAGCGAACUAUGUCCUACACCUUCAAGAGAGAGAGGGAAAGCCGUCGGUGAAGCGUUUGUUCCGAUUACCGAACAAUGCCCACGAUGGCUUCUCUCGGUUAAGCAGUGUAGUAAGUGUAGUAUAAAAGGGUUGUACGUCUCAGUCGAACGAGUAUAUUGCUGUAUUCGCUCACCGAGUACCAUGUGUGUAUUAUUCUGUUGAAUUUUAAGAAACCACUACAGCAAUGGCGAUUGACAAGAAAAUCGGCAUUAUUCUUGCCAGUACCCGAUAUGUCCGGCAAGGCCUUGGUGUGGCGAACUACAUCCACGGGUUGGUUGAGCCACUUGCCGCAAAAGCAGGAGUUUCUAUCGACAUCAUAGAUCUUGCCGAUCACCCUCUUCCGUUUUAUGACGAACCGGCAUAUCCCAUGAUGUUACCAAAGGACAAUCCUAGUCCGCACUACAUCAACAGCUAUGCAAAGAAGUGGUCGACUAUCAUCAGCCAAUAUCAUGCCUACAUCUUUGUCACUCCCGAGUACAAUGGAAGCAUCCCAGCUGUUUUAAAGAAUGCUCUCGACCAUCUCUUUCAUGAGUGGCGUGGCAAACCUGUCGGCAUUGUUUCCUAUGGUACUGCGGGUGGCGCUCGUGCUAGCGUCCAUCUCGCUGAGAUUCUCAGUAUUUUCAAGGUCAAUACAGUGGCAACCAAGGUGACCUUCAAGUCAUCGCCAAAAGCCCAUGACUUCUACGUAGCUGCGAAGGCUCCACAGCCAGAAGAUGUGCAGCGAUGGAAGGACGAUGGUUCAGAAGGAGCAGUUGGGGUCAUGGUGGCUGAGAUCUUAGGAUCCCUACUAGGUUAAAGAUACAGCUUAGAAUGGAGAGAAAUUCAUAGAUCAGCGGCUUUAGUGGGGUUCAUUCCCAAUCUCCAAGCUUCACGAUUCGUUGGGAAGCCUCAACAUACACAAGAAAAUAGACGACAGAAUAAAUAGAAAUGUAAAAAUCAUCAAGAUAUUCUUCAAUGUUUGUUUAAACAAAAAAAGCAAUACUGUUUAAUGCCGGGCUACUCAGUUUACU